UCUGUUGCUGCAGCAGGGCAACACCAACAUUAUCACUUUGUCAUCCAUCAAAGAAAGGGAUGCAGCUCACGUUUGUGACAUCAAACACCAAUAAUGGUGCCUGUUUCUUCACAGAGUGUGCAGUGAAGCAAGAACAAUACCCAGUUCCUCAGAAGCAAGAAAAAUGGAAGGUUUUGAAGAGCAUGGCUCCACCUCUAUUGGCUGCAGCUCUGGCCUUGUCUCCAAUCUGCAUUACUCCUGUCUCACAUGCCCAAACUAUCGAUGUUCAGAAAGGAGCUGCAUUGUUUCGUACUACUUGCAUUGGAUGUCAUGAUAUGGGUGGAAACAUAAUACAACCAGGUGCAACACUCUUUACUAAAGAUCUACAGAGAAAUGGAGUUGACACAGAGGAGGAGAUAUAUCGUGUUACUUACUUUGGCAAGGGAAGAAUGCCAGGAUUUGGUCAGAACUGCACACCAAGGGGCCAAUGCACAUUUGGAGCUCGUUUGCAGGAUGAGGACAUUAAGCUUUUGGCCGAAUUUGUCAAGUUACAGGCUGAUCAAGAUUGGACGAGUAACUUAAGUAACGAAUGAUGAGUAUUUGACCCUAUGAGAUUGCUGACUCAAAUUCUCGGUAACCCUUUUCUUUGCGUAUUGUAUAUUACUCAGUAGUACAUUAAUGUGGGUAUGAUCCUGUAUUUUAACUUGAACACAAGCUUUAUAAAUAUCGAUGGGAACUUAGCCUGUCACUUCUGAUACUCAAUCAAGUUCCUCCUUUUAUGGUCC